UAAAUCUUCUGAAUCAUGGCCGAUUAUGAUAAUGUACGCAUAAAAAAAUUAGUUUUAAAGGGAGAGAAACCCAAAAAAAGUAAGAAACGCAAGAAGGAAAAGGAACACAACGAUGACGAUGUACCCAAACGUAGCAAGACAGUUGUUGACGAAGAUGCAAUUCAGCAUGGCGGUUGGUGGACAGCUACAGCCGCGACCAAUAUUGUCGGCGCGGUGGCCAUAGAGUUUGGGGACCGCUGUUACUUAAAGGCGUUGGACAAUGGAUUAUUUACGCUGGGCGCUCCACACAAUCAAGGUGACGGUCCAGAUCCAGAGGAGAUAUUUACAGCGUUUCCAAUCAAUGAUCGCAAGGUCUCUUUUAAAUCUGGCUAUGGAAAGUAUGUUAAAAUUGAGAAAGAUGGCAUGGUGACUGGACGUUCUGAGGCCGUUGGUUCCAUGGAGCAAUGGGAACCAGUUUUUGAGGGUAAGAAAAUGGCUUUGCUAUCGGAGACGGGUCACUUCAUGUCCAUAGAUCCAGAGGACGAUGCUUGUGUAGCACUCCGCAAAAAAGUGGGAGACCAAGAAAUCUGCCGAGUUCGUACUAAUGCGGCUCGUGAUGUUGUUGUGGACGAACAGCCCAAGGAAGAGAAAGGCGACUUGGGAGAAGUGGAGAGAAAUUAUGUCAAAAAGUUUCAAAAGUUCCAAGACAAGAAGAUGCGGAUAAGCAAAAACAAUAUCAAGGAACUGGAGGAAGCAAAGGCUCAAGGACUUUUGCAUGAAACACUUUUGGACAGGCGCAGCAAAAUGAAAGCAGAUCGCUAUUGCAAGUAAUGCGUGACAAUGCGUUAACAAUGUAAUAAAUGUAGUUUAAAAGAAAAUAUAAGAGCAUCUAAUUAAUGCAACGCACU